AUGGAUGGAGAGGAUGGAGAAUUGAAGGUCACAAAUCACCCUGAAAAAAUAGGAUUCACCCACGAUGAUGGGAGCAGGGCGAAGAGCUCAGAAGCAACGUCGCAUUUUGAUCCGAAGCUGAGUUCGAGAGAAAUGAGAAAAAUAAAAUACUACGAAGACAUGUUUGCAAAAAUGGCAAAUGAAAAUAAAGGGAUGACGUCGGAAACAACGAACACACAGUACACAGCAACGCCACUACAGAAGCCAAAAAGUAAAGUGUCGGAGAGAAGAAGGAACGCGGAUCAGAAGAUGGAAGAAGGACAGGCCAACAUAGGAGGAUAUAGACCAGACAGCGUAGAUUCGACGUACGGACCGACGACGACGAAGAGCUCAAGAAGGUCGGUGUACAAGAAGCCUGCGCAGGCGACAGAUACGGACUAUACAGGAUCGAAGUACAUCAACGAAGCAUCAUCGAGCGAAUACCAAUACACGGAUGGGAAGACGCUGCUGGACAACAAGAGACUUAUAAGAGUGCAAUCGAUGCCAAUGGUGACGAAGAAGACGAAAACGACGUCAUACACAGACGAAAAACAGCACGAAGAGGCAAGGUCGGCAUCAGCAAGAAGGCCGAAAGUGUCGAGAUGGGACGUUAAAUCUAGUUUCGCAGUUCCAAAGACAAACAGAAGCCCACAAGUGGAGCCGAUAGCACAGGAGAAGCCAGCCGUAGUAGACCAUAAAGAGGAAGAAGAGCAGGACGAUACCUUCUCAGAGGGAUUUGGAGACAUGCUAAUAGAUGAGAAGGAAGAACAAUCGACAGCAGAAACAGUAGAACACACACGAGAAAGAACAGGAGAAUACACAGAAACAGAUCAGACGGAAGCGUACCUGGAGAACGACGCGAGAGAUCUGCCACUAGACGUAGACGAUUUCCUGAACGAGGACCUCAAGGAAGACGGAGACCUGCAGGAAGAAGAAAAGGAAGUGAUAGAGGAAGGAGAGCCUGGAGAAGAAAAGGAGGAGGACGUGGAAGAUCAAUUGGAAGACCCGUAUAUGAUGGAGCAAGAGCAAGCGCAAGCGCAACCGAAGAAAAAGUCUAACAGAGGAAGGAAGGCAAAGAAGAAGCAGGAAGCAUACGCAGUGGACGCGGAGCAGGAGGGAAGAGUGGGUUUCGCCGAGGACCUGACGCCGCUGAGCGCGCAGCCUGAGUACAUGGAGGAGCUGAAGCAACCGGGGAGGAGAUCGAAGUCCCAAAGGUCGCGAAAGAAAAAGCAAGACAUUUAUGAUGAGAAAGCCUUUAAUAAAACAAAACCAGCCGCAAAAGGCUCUAAAUCGAUAGCAAGGAAUCACUCAGGAAGUUCAGAAAAAACGGAAAAGGCAGCAGUAUCAAUAAAUAAACGUGAAUUUGUCGGUAAGUGUAAAAUAAAUUUGAGUAAAUAUGUAGAUGUGGUGGAAGAGAAGUUUAUAAGCACAGAAAACCUGAGGAUGAUCACGAUGGAGGAAGCAGAAAGAAUGUUGAACAUAUGCACUAAGAAAAACACGGACUACGAGGACGCGAAGAAGUUUAUAGACAACCUGAUGAUUAGUAAAAUUGAGCACGAGAAGAGGCUGGAGGAGAGAAACCCGUUCCUGCUUGACCCAUCGAACAUAGUGGCGCCGACGCCAGUCUACGACAGGCCGAAGCCAGAACCAGUUCCAGAAAACCCGCUGCAAAUAUCCUUCAAGUAUCGGCUUUUCCAAACUUUGAGUAAAGUUUAA